ACACACACAUAUAUUCAUCUGGGUUUUUGUUUCUAUGGACUCCAACCGGCCGUAGACGCUUCUCGUCGCCGUCGUCAAUGACUCUCCUAGAUUCUCCGACCAUCGAUUGCGUUCAACAACGCAUCAAGCGGAAGCUCGAAGAUUACGUCGACGAUGACCUCCCCUCCUCCGACUUAGUCUCCGUCAGGAUGAGAAAAGACGAUCCCCCUUCCUCCACCACCUCCUUCCCUCAUCAAUUUACCACUCAUCGCUCUCACUUCCAACCUAGGGCUUCUACCAGUUCCCACCAAAAUGUCUUAUCCCUCCCCGAUCGUAUCCAAUUCUUCGUUCGCAUGAUCUCUGAGGGUAAAACCCUAGUCCUCCAUGGAAACCCUGACGAUAAAAUCAAAACCAUCCACGAGAUGAUUCACUCCGCCACCGGAAUUCCCGUCAUGGAACAAAGGUUGAUUUAUGGCGGGAAGCAGCUUCAGUGGGAGCAUAGCUUGUCUCACUGUAGGAUCACCAACGACGCUGGAUUGCAUUUGGUUGGUCGAAUGCGGAGCACCGUUCAUCCGCAAGCCUGGCAAGUCAUUGAUGAUUUAGUUUCUAUCAUAUGCAGGUUGUGUAAAGGCGAAAGAGGAGCUUGCCCUAAGUCUAUCAAAUCCAGGUUGAUCGAAUUCUUAAACAAGACUCCCAAGGACGGGAUCGAUCAUGCUGCACCUUACCUGAAUAUAUUUCUUUCCUCAUCUGCUCCGGCAGCUCUGGUGAUGCUUUACAUGUCACCUCAUAACGGUAACAAAGAAUGUGCAGAAGAGGCCAUUCAACAUUUUAUUAAAUCCAGUAGGAAUGCGUUACCAAGACCUAUAUAUUCAGAAUUUGCACCUAUAGUGUUAGAAUUUUGUAAAUUGCUUGGUAGAGUUGCUGCCCAUGAUGAUCCUUUAUAUAGAUUAUGUCGAAGUAGCCUAGGAUCAAUGGUGGAGUUCGUUAAGAUUGGUAGGAGUUCAAAGAAUUAUGAUGUGGGUAGUUAUAAGAAGGUGGUCAUUGCAGUCCAAGAGAUUUUUCCGUUUGUUGAUGAGCUUGCAAGUAAAUUGUCGGAGGGUUUGGUUUCAAGUAUGGAGUCUAUUGUGAAUUAUGGCCCUUCGCCUAGCGAUGUCCGUGACUUUGCCGCUUUUGUGCGACCUCUAAGGGAUGCAAUCAUCGACCAGGUGGCUCUUGGGACUCUCAUACCAAUGCCAUACAACCACAACCUCCUUUGUUACAGUGACGAGGUCAAAUUUCUUUACAUGCUCUAUCAUGAUUUGUUGGCAAAACUGCAAUUGUGUCUUAAUAAAGUGGAGGACUUGGUGAAGAAAGAGAAAGGAGAUGGUGGAUGGGAUCAAUAUCUUUCUAUCUUGAAGGAGUUGCAUAAUAUUGCUGAACUAUAUCAAGGUGCAGAGGAAUACUUUUGGACGAAUCUAAGGCGUAACAAGGUUUCUUUGUGUUAUCUAAUUGUUAGAUAUGCCAAGAGAGGUGAGGAUUAUAAAUGGAUUCUUGAGCACAAGGAUCUCACCGACUUUGAAUCUAGGAGGCAUUUGGUUAUGAUGUUGCUUCCAGAGGUGAAGGAUGAGUAUGAGGAGCUCCAUGAGAUGCUUAUAGACAGAUCACAAUUGUUGGCUGAAUCUUUUGAGUAUAUUGCACAUGCAGACCCUGAGACACUGCGAGGUGGAUUAUUCAUGGAGUUUAAAAAUGAGGAAGCUACUGGGCCUGGUGUUCUACGGGAAUGGUUUUUCUUGGUAUGCCAAGCUAUCUUUAAUCCUCAAAACGCCCUAUUUGUCCCUUGCCCCAAUGAUCGAAGAAGAUUCUUUCCUAAUCCCGCAUCUAAGGUCGACCCGAUGCACCUUGAAUAUUUUAGCUUUGCAGGCAGGGUAAUUGCCCUAGCUUUGAUGCAUAAAAUGCAAGUUGGCAUUGUAUUUGAUCGGGCUUUCUUUUUGCAAUUGGCUGGAAUUAAUGUCUCUUUGGAAGAUAUAAAGGAUGCAGAUCCAUACUUGUAUAGCAGCUGCAAGCAGAUAUUGGAUAUGGAUCCUUCUGCAGUGGAUCAAGAUGCUCUUGGUCUAACCUUUGUUUGGGAGAGUGAAGAAUUAGGAUCCAUGAAAGUUUUGGAGCUUCUCCCUGAUGGAAAACACAUUACUGUGAAUAGCAGAAAUAGGAAGGAGUAUGUUGAUCUUCUCAUUAGACAUCGCUUCGUGACAUCUAUUUCCCAACAGGUAACACAUUUUGCUCGAGGAUUUGCAGAUAUUGUUACUGAUGAAGAAAUCCAGAAGUUAUGUUUCAAGAGCUUAGAGCUUGAAGAUCUUGACGGAAUGUUGCAUGGGAGUGAAAGUGCUAUUUCUGUGGAUGAUUGGAAGGCCCAUACGGAAUAUAAUGGUUAUAAAGAGACCGAUCCUCAGAUAUACUGGUUCUGGAAGAUUGUGCAUGGAAUGACAACCGAGCAACGGAAGAUUCUUCUCUUCUUUUGGACGUCAGUGAAGUAUCUACCGGUAGAAGGUUUCCGGGGAUUAUCUUCAAGGCUAUACAUUUACAAAUCCAAUGAAUCCUUAGACCGUCUGCCUUCUUCCCACACAUGCUUCUACCGGAUAUGUUUUCCGGCGUACCCAUCGAUGGACGUGAUGCAAGAACGGUUAAAUGUCAUUACUCAGGAGCAUGUUGGAUGCAGCUUUGGAACAUGGUGAAAGAAAAGGGAAAGAGAAAAUAUGGAAUUUUGCCAUUGCACAUGUUAAAAAGUGAGGUCAGUUGUACUGAGUCUGUACAGAAUAUAUAGAGGGUAAAUUAUGAUGAAAUUUUCUAUUUAGACUUGCAUCAUGCUUCUGCUUUAGUAGUCCCAACUGUUUAUAUUUAUAUAUAGGUAUAUAUUAUAAAUAAAGAAGCUGCUUUUCUUUCCAUCAUAUUCAUCUUUACUUGUU